GGUCCGACACCCUCCGGCCGGGCACGAAAGGUUCAAUUUCUUGUGGCAAAUGUGGUGGAGUGGAAGUUGCUCUCGCGGUGCCAAUAAUCUGUUGCCUGUAUUGUAACGAGGAAAAACUCCCAUUUUUUGCACCGCAAAACAUACGCCAAACCCAUUGCAACCGUUAGCGUUAUCAUUCCAGCUGAGCUCAAAACAAACAGCUGUCGCCUUUUUGCUCCUCACGAACUACGAGAUUUGCGUGGUAACACCACUCGGCCACCGUGUAUCGAGUUUCCCCAUCACCACGUGUUUUGCGCAAUCCUAAAGAGGCGUGCGUGUGUGUUUGGUGUGUGGCCAACAGGCAACGCGUGGUUAAUUCCGGCCGGACUAAAGACGAUGGAGAACGGCACGUCCAACAAUCUGCAGGAUGGGCUUUCCUGUGAGGAGCUGUUCCGGAAAAGCGAUGGCCUGACGUACAAUGACUUUAUCAUCCUGCCCGGUUACAUCGAUUUCACGGCGGAAGAGGUGGACCUGUCCUCGCCGCUGACGAAGAAAAUCAUGCUGAAGGCACCGCUCGUCUCCUCGCCCAUGGAUACGGUGACCGAAGCCGAAAUGGCUAUCUCGAUGGCGCUGUGCGGUGGCAUCGGCAUUAUCCAUCACAACUGCACCCCCGAGUACCAGGCGAACGAGGUGCACAAGGUGAAGAAGUACAAGCAUGGCUUCAUCCGCGACCCGCUGGUAAUGGGGCCGGAAAACACGGUCGCGGACGUGCUGGAGGCGAAGCGCAAAAACGGCUUCACCGGCUACCCGAUCACGGAGAAUGGCAAAAUCGGCACCCGGCUGGUCGGCAUCGUGACGUCGCGCGACAUCGACUUCCGCGAGCACGACGUGGACAUCAAGCUGAAGGACAUCAUGACGAAGCUGGAGGAUCUCAUUACCGCCCCGAACGGGGUGACGCUGCAGGAAGCGAACAACAUUAUGGAGAAGAGCAAAAAGGGCAAGCUGCCGAUCGUGAACAAGACGGGCGAGCUGGUCGCACUGAUUGCGCGCACCGAUCUGAAGAAGGGCCGCACCUACCCGAACGCACUGAAGGACAGCAACAAGCAGCUGCUGGUCGGCGCUGCGAUUGGUACGCGCGACGAAGACAAGGAGCGGCUGGAGCUGCUGUACCAGAACGGGGUGGACGUGAUCGUGCUCGAUUCGUCCCAGGGCAACUCGCUCUACCAGAUCAACAUGAUCAAGUACAUCAAGGAGAAGUACCCGUCGCUGCAGGUGAUCGCGGGCAACGUGGUGACGCGCCAGCAGGCGUACAAUCUCAUCACGGCCGGGUGCGAUGCGCUGCGCGUCGGCAUGGGCUCGGGCUCGAUCUGCAUCACGCAGGAGGUGAUGGCGUGCGGGUGCCCGCAGGCCACGGCCGUGUAUCAGGUGUGCAAUCUGGCCCGCCAGUACGGCGUGCCGGUCAUUGCGGACGGUGGCAUUCAGUCGAUCGGGCACAUCGUGAAGGCGCUGUCGCUGGGCGCGUCCGCGGUGAUGAUGGGAUCGCUGCUGGCCGGCACUUCGGAGGCGCCCGGGGAGUACUACUUCAGCGAUGGCGUGCGGCUGAAGAAGUACCGUGGCAUGGGCAGCUUGGAGGCGAUGGAGCGCAAGGACGGCAAGGGUUCGGCCAGCUCGCGCUACUACCACACGGAGAUUGAGAAGAUGCGGGUGGCGCAGGGCGUGAGCGGUUCGAUUGUGGACAAGGGCUCGAUCCUGCGCUUCGUGCCGUACCUGCUGUGCGGGCUGCAGCACAGCUGCCAGGACAUUGGCGCACGUUCCAUCGCUAACUUAAGAAAAAUGAUCUACAACGGUGAGCUGCGCUUCAUGAAGCGCACCCACUCGGCCCAGCUCGAGGGUAACGUGCACGGUCUGUUCUCGUACGAGAAGCGCCUGUUCUGAGAUCAACCCAACGCCCAGGAGCACCUUCCGUGAGGGGUCUCCGGUACGGUUCGAUGGAAGGCGCAGCGCAGAGCGGCAUUUUGUUGUGGCACAGGCACUUAAAAAAAAGAAAAGAAAAAAACGCCCUGCAACAGCGAGACACUGAAAUUUUGGGCUAAAAGUGAUCACAUGUGUCGAACAUCUACCGCUGUAAGCAUACUGUGUAGAGUUCGUGACAGUUAUUAAGUAAGGCAUGUUUCUAGCAAACAUACAAACCAUGGGAGUUAGGGAACAUUUGGACAUACGCGACACAGCUUACGGUAGUUGCUGGCGUACAACGCGAGCGCCGUUUUUCUUUGUUAGCGACGGUGAAAAGCAAAAAUCACACUCCCCAAACACAUUUAAUUAUGUUUAAGUUUGCGUAAAACAAAAAUAUGGCAACACAAUGUAACAAUCAAUCACAUAGUCUGCCACCAUAAUUUAGGCUUUAAAGAACCAUUUCACUUUAUUUCUUCUCUUUGGUCGCUGUUUUUAACGGUAACGUUAGAGAGAGAAGUAAAUUUGGCGUACCGUGCCCGUCGCCGCAACCGUUUUCCACUGCAAAGCAAAGCAUGUUCUCUUUUCUCCACGUUGGAGAAACCAAAUUAGCAUGGCAAGAGCAAUUUUCGGGGUGGUAGUAUUACAUGAUAUAUGUUACUAACUUCAACAACCACAACGUUGGCCUAGGUGUGGGAAAAUUCAAAAUUUGCAUUAAUACUACAAACACCGCCAGCCAUUCGAGCGGGGAAUGGGCUUCAGUUGUGUUCGUGCUUCAAGCCGCUUCAAUUAUGGGAGGAAAAUAAUUACUGACAGUUAAAUAUGAUAAAUUUAAGGUGUACCAAUUGCAUUCGAUAGAAGAAGAAGAGAACAAAAAAAGGUCCAAUUGGAUAGAUGUGUCCCGGCGUCAAGCCUCAUCCAAGUCCCGAAGUCCUUCGCAAAGGACGCUUGGGUUACUCCACACAUGACCACGUUGCUCAUACCGCCAGCAACAGCAAGAAGGUGAAGAUGAAAAGUUUGUCCAUACUGGAAUAAUUCCUCUAGGCAGGGAAGAUUGUUAAACAAACCUCCGAACGGUACUAUUGUAGAAAGUUAUAAAAAACAACAACAACAACAAAAUAACAAACUCCAUGUCCAUGUCGGGAGAGCUACCUUAUUGAGCUUUUUAUGGCAAUUACGUGUCUAAUAAUGUUAGUUGUGGGUACGAUCGACACUGAUAUAAUGAAAAGUGAAUAAAUGUAUGGACCGAUGAAACAUAUGGUCCGAUAUAAA